AUGGAGAAGAAUGAGGUGAAAGGCUUCACAAAGACCAGGAUGAGACCAAUGUGACAGGAAGUGCACAUUUGAAUGUUUAUUCUGUGAUAACCAAUCAGAUGCAUUUGUCAAUGUGACAUACAUUUUAGUGGCCACCUCCUUUACUCACUCAAAUACCACGCAAGUUUCCGAAGAAGAGACAAUUUCAAGAUGAUCCUGUUCUGGGUUACACUGCUUGUUCUUCAUCGAGGAUAUACGCUGGUUCCAGUGACCACAGUUCAACUUGGUGAACCUGCAACCUUCACGUGUGCUCUGCCGAACAUUGUGAUCACCCGUAUAGAGAUCCACUGGUACAAGCAGAGUACAAGGGAGACUCUGCAAUUAAUGGUGACGCUGCAUAAAUCUGCAAUACCUGAGAAUGCACCAGAGUAUGCACCGCAGUUUUCUGAAUCAAGAUUGGAGGUAAACAUUGAUAACAAUUUUAGCAACCUGACCAUUCUGAGGACAAUCCAAGAAGAUGAGGGACUGUAUCACUGUGAAAUCAGAGGUCGGUGGAAAAGUCCUGAAUGGAGUGGGACAUAUUUGUCACUAAAAGGAAACACUCGGAGGACAUCAAACUGUACGUCCACAGGUGGGACGAUAUUAAUUGGAGACGGAACUAAAGUGGAAAUCGAGCGAACAGCAAGAUAUGAAUUUAUUGCGCUGGUCAUAGCAACAGUGUGCUUGGUCAUUUCUGUGAUUGGAAACAUCGUUUUCAUCUGUUGCCGAACUUCAAGAGCAGUUUGUUCACAAUUUAAAGGAAUAGAAAGCGUCGCUUCGCAAGCGAGACAUGACAACUCGAGCCUACCGCUACAUGAUUUUACUGAAGGUGGACCUGAGCUGAACUACGCUGCGUUGCAUUUCUCUGGAAAGAAAGCCACAAGAGGAAGGAAGAAGAGAGAGUUGAACACUGAAGAGAGUGUGUACUCUCAAGUUAAAUGCUGAAUGUGAACGUGAGUCCACAACGAAACUGUGGUUUAGUAGUAAUAGUACAGACCUCUGACUGUAAAUGUUGUGGUUUCCCCUCAGUUGUGUUACUAUUCCUACUACUGAAUGUAUCCCUAAAUGCUUCAUGUUGAAAAUGUCUUCAGUUCUAACUGUGUCAUACUAGCUUGUCACGAA